CUUUGUUUUUCUUGUCUGCAGCUAAGCAAACUAAGCUCCAUAGAUUCUUACUUUGGACAGUUUGCGAUGUAUCUAAUCGUUGUCCUGGUUGAAGUAUAUUUCUACUGCUACUACGGUUCUGCUCUUUCCGAAGAAAGCGAUUCGUUAAGAGAUGCUAUUUAUAUGGGUCCAUGGUACACUUACGAUGUCAAAACUCAGAGAACCCUGUUAACGAUAAUGGAACGUGCAAAAAUACCUGUGACAAUUACUGCUGGAAAACUUGUGGAUUUGUCUCUGGUUACUUUUACCACGAUUUUACAACGGUCUUAUUCGCUAAUAGCUGUCAUGAAAAACUACCAGUAG